AUGUCGACUGUGCAGAAGCCUCAAAAAGUUUAUGCACAGAAAGGGGAAAAGCAAGUUGGCAAAAUUGUGAGUGGGGAAAAGAAAGAGACAACAACAGCUCUCGUCUGCAUAAAUGCAGCCGGUAACUAUAUUCCACCUAUGCUUAUCUUCAAGAGAGUACAUAUGAAUAACCAACUGAUGAAAGCUGCUCCUCCCGAUGCAUUAGCUGGUACAUCAAGAACAGGCUGGAUUAUCGCUGAGCUUUUCACAAAGUGGAUGGGCCACUUUAUCAAACACAGCGGUGCUUCACAAAACAACAAGGUGCUUCUAAUUCUUAAUAAUCAUGAAUCACAUCUAAGUAUCGAAACCUACAAACUUUGUCGACAGAAUGGUGUGAUCAUGGUUUCUUUACCACCACACACUUCUCAUAGUCUGCAGCCACUUGACGUCACAGUCUUCAGUUCACUGAAAGUCGCCUACAAUGAAGAGUGUGAUCGAUUCAUGAGACUUCAUCCUGGCCCAAGGAUCACACAAUAUGAGAUAGGCGGCCUGUUUAACGCCGCUUACUGCAGGGUAGCUACCAUGUCCAAGGCAACCAAUGGCUUUCACACUACAGGAAUACUUCCCUUUAAUCCUCAUAGGUUCACGGAGGAAGAUUUUGUUCCAGUGAAUGCUGUGAUGAGUUUUUUGGAAAGCUCUGAAGACGAGAAUGAGGCUGAAGUACAGGAUAUCGACGAUAGGCCUUCAGCAAGCACAAUCCAGGCCAGCCAAGAAAAAAGAGAAUUUGAUCCUGAUAUUCCCGGGACCAGCGGAUCCAUGUCUGCCUUUGAGUUCAUCAGAUCUAUUGUUGAUGAUGUAGUGGAUGCUGCAUUAUCAAAAUCCUCUGAAGAAUCCAAUGAUCUAGAAGUGAGUGUUAUUGAGGUCGCUUCUUUCCCCAAAGUGUUGCCGCGAUCUAAAUCUUUGAGAAAGAGAGACUGGGCAAUCUGA